CCGGCGUCGCCGCGGUCUUCGCCGGCCGCCGUAGCCGGAACUGCUGCUGAGCGCGGCGGGCCGGGCCUCCGCGAGGUUGAGAGGCCGCUGCACCGGCGCCCGCUGUACCGGCGCCCGCAGCCCCGUUGGCAGCACGACGGCUGCCGAGGGGACGUGCCGGGCCGAGUGCUGCUCUGUGACCGCCUUCAAGGCGGAAGGAUCACACCGGCGUCGCGGCCUCUCUGCAGCCGGGGCUGCCCGGCCCGGCCAGUUCUGAGGGCGCCUGGGAGGCCCCCGGGGGACCCGGGAAGCCAGGCUGCUGCGAGGCGUUGAUGAUAAAGGAUGACAGUGAAGCUGGGCGACGGCGGCGGCGACGAGGGCCUCAAGCGGCUGGGCAAGCGGUCGGCGGACGAGGACGCGCUGGAAGGCGAGGGGCCCGGCGCGGCCGCGGCCCGGGACGGCGGCACAAAGAGGGACGCCGAGCCCCCCCGCGACGGCGGCGGCGGCCCCCCGGCCCCCGCGGGCGGCCCCCCGGCCCCGUCGCCGCCGCCCGCCUGCCCGCAGGACCAGCACCACUUCCUCAGGUCCAGCGUGCGGCCGCAGAGCAAGAGGCCCCGGAAGGACGCGUCCUGCGCCGGCGGCGGCGGCCCGGGGCCCCGCGGAAAAGAGAUGCUGUUCAGCUGCGGCACCAAGGGGACGUCGCUGGACAAGCCCGAACUUCAGGCUCCUUGCUCUCAGAGUGGGUCAGGAGCCGACAGUGGUGGAUCAUCGUCAUCGUCCGGAAGCGGGUCUGGGGCAGCCCUGGCUGCCCCUGCUGCUCCCGCAGGGGGCUCUCGCUCCUCCUCUCGGAACUCAGGGUCGUCGGGAGCUGAGAAGGAAGAGGGCAGGAAGGUCCGGCGACAGUGGGAGUCGUGGAGCGCAGAGGACAAGAACACGUUCUUCGAGGGGCUGUACGAGCACGGGAAGGACUUCGAGGCCAUUCAGAACAACAUCGCCCUCAAGUACCGGAAGAAAGGCAAGCCGGCGAGCAUGGUGAAGAACAAAGAGCAGGUCCGGCACUUCUACUACCGCACAUGGCACAAGAUCACCAAGUACAUCGACUUUGAUCAUGUGUGCUCCCGCGGGCUGAAGAAGUCGUCCCAGGAGCUGUACGGUCUCAUCUGCUAUGGCGAGCUGCGCAAGAAGGUCGGGGGCUGCAUGGAUGACAAGAACGCCACGAAGUUGAACGAGCUCAUCCAGGUUGGGGCCACCACAGUCCGUUACAAAGGGAGAAACCUGCGGAUCAAAGCACCCAUGUGCCGAGCCCUGAAGAAGCUCUGUGACCCAGAUGGCUUGAGUGACGAAGAGGACCAGAAGCCAGUGCGUCUGCCCCUGAAAGUCCCUGUGGAGCUGCAGCCGCGGAACAACCACGCCUGGGCCCGUGUGCAGAGCCUUGCCCAGAACCCAAGGCUCAGGAUGAUCGUGGAGCUCCAUCGAAAGGUCUCCAGCCUCAUCGAAUUCUUGAAGCAGAAGUGGGCACUCCACGAAGUGCGAAUUCGGAAGACGCUCGAGGAGCAGCCACUGCAGGACUCGUUCGUGGAGCCAUUGCAGGAGAAGGUGGCGCUGCACCUGUUUCCAGGGGAGAACUGCACGCUGACCCCACUCCCAGGGGUGGCCCGCGUGGUGCACUCCAAGGCCUUCUGCACAGUGCACUGGCAGGAGGGUGGCCGGUGCAAGCAAGGUGCCAAGGAUGCCCACACACUGCCUCCAGCCCAGAUCCUGGGCAUCCAGAGCGGCCAGGGUACGGCCAGAGGCCAGGUGAAGUGUCCACGGGGCAGUGCCGAGGGCAGGGGAAUGGGGCGGCUCCCUCCCUCCACCGAUGCUUCGCAGAGCUCUGGAGAGAGCUCCCCUGAAAGCGCCCCUGGGGAGGGGGCCGCCCUGAGCCUCCGCGGCCUGGACACUGCCGAUGGGCCUCCCCCUGGGCUCCAGGACGGCGGGGGACAGCUUGAGAAGAGCCCUGUGGCCGCUCCUGCAGAGGGCGGGGACAGCCCUGCGGGAGAGCCCAGGACUGUGCCGUGCGCCUGUGGCCGGCCUCCGGACCUGGAGGAGGAGCUGUCCCUCCUUGACCCCUUCCCCCGCUACAUGAAGUCCUGCCAGGACCUCAUUGUCCCCGAGCAGUGUCACUGUGCACCCCUGCGGUCCUCAGGGUGCGCCUCCCCGGAGACUCAGGGCCACUGCAGCCCAGAGGCGGCUGACCUCGCCCAGGCUGGGGCGCCCUCCCCCAUCCACACCCCACCCAUCUCUGGGCCUCAGCCCAGCCCUGGGCCCCAGCCCGACACCUCCAUGAAGGACUCAGCAGAUGCCCCUGCAGAGGAGCCCCGGGGCAAGGUGAGCCCCUCAGACCCCUGCAUGCCUCAGGGACCGCCUGCCAGCAAGCCCCCAAGGGAUGUCCCUGCCAGCCGGCUAGCCCAGCGGUUCCGCGAGGAGGGCUGGAGCCUGCAGACCUCCGAGAGCCUCACGUUGGCUGAAGUCUACCUCAUGAUGGGCAAACCACACAAGCUGCAGCUGGAGUAUGACUGGCUGGCCGUGUGGGGCCCCGAGGGCCAGGGCCCUGGCUGGCAGGCCCAGGGUCCCUGCGCCGGCACCCCCCCCACUGCCUUGCACAAGCAGCGCCUCCUCAACUGCCUCCUGAAGCUCAUCUCCACCGAGGUCAACCCCAGGCUGGCCCCAGAAGUACACGCCAGUUCCACCCCCUCCGUGAGGCCCCCCCAGGAGGAGCAGUCCGCGAGCCCCCCAGGCAAGGUGGCGGCCGUCAGCUCCCGGAGCCCUCGCUGCCCUCGGAGCCAGUCUGCCCUCCGCGGCAGCAAGGCCUUCCCGCCCGGCGCAGUGCCAUGCCCCUCAGGUUUGGGAAACCCUUCGAAGCCCCUCCUGGUGGCGGGUCCCUCCAGCACCGGAAGCAGCGACUCAGACGGUGGCCUUUUUGCUGUCCCGACAACCCUACCGCCCAACAGCCGGCUCGGGAAGCUCUUCUCUCCCAGCAAAGACACAGAACUGACUUUCCGCCAGCAUCUGAACUCCAUCAGCAUGCAGUCGGACUUCUUCCUGCCAAAGCCCCGGAAGUUGCGGAACCGGCACCUGCGGAAGCCGCUGGUGGUCCAGAGAACGCUGCUUCCCCGGCCGUCUGAGAACCAGCCGCACAGUGUCUGCUCCUUCUCCAUCCUGUCCAAUUCUUCUGUGACCGGGAGAGGCUCGUUCCGGCCCAUCCAGUCCUCUCUGACCAAGGCAGCCCUGUCCCGGCCAAUCGUGCCCAAGGUCCUCCCAGCCCAGGCCGCGGGCCCCCUGGCCAGUGCCAUCGACUUGGCCGCCAAAAGUGCUGGUAUCAUCCCCCGGAGCCCCCUGCCUGCCGUGGACACCGAUGGCUUGUCUGGCAUCUCUCCUCUGUCCUCAGAUGAGGUGACAGCCACCACCUUGGGUCAUGACUCCCCUGGCACCCACGACGGAGACCCCAUCCCUGCCGUGGGGGGCGUGCGUGACCCGUUCAUCAGCGUCCCCUCGAGGCCUGAGCAGGAGCCGGUGCCCGACGGUUUCCAGGGCUCGCCUGUUCUCUCCCUGUCGGAGCUGUCCAAGGCUCCCCUCCACAAUGGGCUCUCCACACCUCUGCCCCCGCCAGAGGGCACUAGCUCUCGGCUCUCUCCGCCUGACGUCUCUGCUCUGCUGGACAUCUCGCUGCCCGGCCCACCCGAGGAUGUGCUGUCGCAGGGAGAGCCUGCCACGCACAUCAGUGACUCCAUCAUUGAGAUCGCCAUCAGCUCUGGCCAGUACGGUGAAGGAGUCCCUCUUUCUCCGGCAAAACUCAAUGGCAGCGACAGUUCCAAGAGUCUCCCCUCCCCGUCCAGCAGCCCCCAGCCAGACUGGAUUGCCUCCCCAACCCACGACCCCCAGUGGUGCCCCAGUGACCCCACGGACUCAUCACUCAGCAGCCUGUUUGCGAGCUUCAUUUCCCCAGAGAAGAGCCGGAAGAUGCUGCCAACCCCUGUCGGGACCAACAGCGGCCCUUCCCCACUGGGCUCCAGCCUGCUGGAUGGAAACUCGAGGGACUCCUUUGUGUCCCGGUCCCUGGCCGAUGUCGCCGAGGUUGUGGAUUCCCAGCUGGUGUGCAUGAUGAACGAAAACAGCAUCGAUUACAUAUCUCGGUUCAACGAUUUGGCCCAAGAGCUGUCCAUCACCGAGCCCGGCCGCCGAGAGGUUCUGUUUGAUAGCAGUGGAGGUGGCCCCCCCAUCGGUGACCUAUCCCAGUGACCUCGCCUCAUGGCAGGGGUGUCUUGCAGGCUGCAGAGGAGAGCUUACAGAGCUGGUGGGCCUCCACUGUUGUAGGUGUCGACUUUUCAGACUCAAGAAAAAUAAAUCACGCCCUUCUGCACCCCAGAAUAUGCAACAUGCAGGAAGCCUUGUCCAGCAGACAGUGGGCAGUGGUGGCCUGGAGUUGGAGGGGCCAACGUCAGACACUGCUGUGACCAGCCCUGGGCCUCCCAUGAGGGUCUGCAUAGUGACUACAUUUCCACCUGUGCUUCUGCCUCAGUGGCUGUGCUGGGCCUCCCAGUGGGUGUUCUUUUUGGGGGAAAGGAGCGCUGUGCCUGGGCACAGCUGUUGGUCCUGCGGAGGUGCACUCCCCAUCUGUGGGAGUCUCCAGGCCACCGCCACUUUCUGUCUGCCGCACCUGCACCCACCUGGGGCUUCCUCUGCAGCGAUGAUGGGAGAACAGCUGGCUGCCGAGAUGGCAGCCACGUCAGAGGGCACUCUGACCGUGGGCAGCGCAGCUGGGCCGUCCCCUGGAGUAGUGAUCCUGGCCAGGUGCUUCUCCCACCUAGAAACUUGCUCUGCUGGACUUAGGAGGGAACCGAGAGUCAUAUCUUUUGCACGCUGGGUGGGUUUUUAGAAUAAGCCCCACAAAGCUGACUGGGCAAUGUUUCUGUUGUGUGCUAAGAGUUAGGAGACGCUGAGGAGGAAGAGCAGAGCCCCGUUGUUUGCUGCCCGUGUCCAUCUACGGGUCCUGUUAGGGGGUCUGAGUUGCUUGCUCUCUACUGGGCUGAUCUGCGCCACCCAUCUGAGCACAGUGAGACUUCCCCAACGAGCCCUUGACCCUCAGGAGCACAGCCUGAGACCGGAGGCCCGGGCAGGGGAGGCUGGCUCCAGGCAGAGCGUGUGCCGGGCGCAGCCGCUCUGCUCCUGAGCCUCCUUGGGUGACCAGCUGUCACCAUGCGGUCUUUCCCAGAAUGGAGCUGACAGGGCUGCUUUGCCUUCUCAGCCGAGGGAGUGCCGACACACAGGUCCCCAUCUGGCCACAUCUGAUGUGGCUCUGGUGUUGGGCAGGUGACACUGCGCCACAUCCCACCUGCUGCCUCACCCCCCACCUGACAGCCAGGGUCAGCUUGGGCUCUGACGCACCGGAACUCACUGCUCUUGUUGCUCACCUCUCCUCUUCCGCCAACUGGCAGUGGAGUGGCAGCCCUCAAGGCCAGUCCCAACCCUUGACAUGGGCUUCUGUCCCUGGCCACAGUGAGGAGGUGAGCUGGUGGGAAAGGGGGAGAAAAUGGCCUUUUACAUGUACAAGCAGUGCAGACUCUCUUGACGCUGUCGCCCCUUCAGCUGCUUGCAGCCACUCUAGGCUGCAAACAGGGUCAUUCACUCAAGCCGUGUCAGGGAACAGGAUGGUUGGCUGCCAGGCAGUGGUUCCCUUAUUUCAUCUCAAGUGUUUCUUAGAGCUCUUGCCUCUGAGAAGGUGGCUUCCCCCUUUGACGUUUGGUAUGAGGCAUGAACAUCACUAACAAAGCCUACAUACGCAGCUCUUCUGGGUUCUUAAGAAAAGUCCCAGAGCUCUGGAAAUGUGAAACAAGUCAACAUGUUGCCACUUUAUUAAGAGAUACAGACAGUAGCGUUUGGACCAGAGUAUCUUUACACUAGCUUGUGUUUUGUGAUCAAUAUGUCAGCCUCCCAAAAUUAGCACCCGAUUGAGCUGAACGAUCAGCACAUCUCUCCUUUUCUGGACAUCUGACUGUUAGGAUACCAGCCAGCAUUAGGCCAUCACUAGCUUUCUCACACUCCCACUGUGUAGAACCAGGGGUGCCAGGUAAUAUGACAGCCCUGGUGCUGGGAGCUUGCCUGGCGGCAGUGUGCAUGUGCUGCAGACAGUAGGGUCCAGAGCCGCAUGCCUGUCGGGACACCCGAGGCAGGCUAGUGGCUAGUGGGCACCUGUUGCCCAGUGACAUAAAAUAGGAGGUAAGCUCUGGAGAUGUGGGCCGGCUCUUGUCGGCUGUUUACAGCACCUCCCACUUAAAUCUGACAAACUCCUUUUUGGAGCAGCUAGUUGUGGGCAGGGUCAUCCAUGGGGAGUGGGCUAGGCUGGAGAGUGGGCUGACUCCCACCCCCACCUGUAAUAAGGCUGACAUGAUUCCAGAGAAUUCAGCUCUCACAACCAGACAGGCACAACCAUUUGCCCACGUAUUAAGGGGAAAUGGUGUCAUUUGUAGCAUUAAAGUGAUGGGUGCAUUUUUUCCCAGCCUAAAUGGAUAUAUGUAUAUAGAAGUGAGCAACUGGUAAAGGUGGGAACUUUUGAAAGACGAGGUAGAAGCCUCCCACAGCCUACCUCCAGCCUCUGUCCCACCACCCGCUCUGUGCAUGGGUGUGCUGUGACUGUGGCCAGUUGGUUUGUGAGGAAGAAUGUGCCCUGGUCACCACAGUGCUGCCUGGGAUCCUGCUGUCUCUUUGCUGAAGAUCUAGACCGAGUGUCUGUUGGCAGUUGGCAUUUCAGCCUUGACUCUAUUAUGACUCUCCGGUGAUGGGCAUUCCGUUCUUUAGAAGAUGCAGAGGCAAGUUGAAGUCAUGAUUCCACCUUAAGAUUCAUGACAGCAUUUUUCUCAUCUCUCUGUACCUCAAAGGUGUUUGGUACUUGCUCAGGGAGUGGGGAUAUUUGAGGACAUUUGAUUGCCUAAGCUGAGCUACUUGCUGUCCCACAUCUCCAGGUUCUUAUCAUCAGGACCCCAUUCCUUGUUCUGCACUGUGGCUUCAUUACUGGCGGCUCUCUUCAGUUUAAUAGCAUCCUUAACUAGAUCAUACCGUGACCCAAGCUUGUACAAACAAGAGCCCUGGAGUAAAAAGACACUGGAAACACGUAGGGGAGGAAAACAGCAGCAGCCCUUAUUUUUCCCACACAUUUCCCACACAUUGAGAUCUAUCAGAUGCGUUUGUGAGAAAAUAGGGCACUUAGUCUUAAGAAGAAAAAAAAAAAAGGAAGAAACCCACAAACAAACCUUUCCUGGCUGCCCACAGCUCUGCUAAACCCAGUGAUCUGUAAGUCAGGUUAAGUCAGUUAAAUCUUGGAAGCACUACAGCUGCGUGGACCCUUGGUUUUGUAACAGGAUGACUGGCCCGAGAGCCUGUGGUCUGGGCAGCAGGGCUAAUGCUGUUUCUUUUAAUAGUCGUUAAGCCAUAUCAUCUAAGGUUUUUGGCUUGUUUGCGAUGUGAAUUUGUUUUAUAGAUAUAAAUACACAUAUACAAUGUAUGUAUAAAGCAGAAUGCCUGACCCUCCUGAUUAUUUUUUGUACCAUAUUGUAAAUUAUAUUAUUUAUUCUUUACCAAUUUUGGGAAUAAAAGGUGUUUUGGUUAUUUAAUAAAGCUGUUAAACUUCUUAUGUUUCAAUUUCCAGUUCAACUUGUAAAUGUUUUUAUUAUUGUGCAUAAAUACAUACUAAUACUUGAUCUAAUAA